GGCCCGGUCAGUCGGGAGACGAACGGUGCUGACAGAGAGACACGGAGAGAGCCAGCGGAGAGAGAGAACGAGCGAACGAGCGAACGCACUAGAGGGGCGAGUAGGCUAAGGCAGUGCCAGUCCCACGCACCACGAAGACACACGGACACGCGCGUGCACGACAGACGCACAGGCACACUGUCGACAGACACGGGGGGGGGGGGUGAGCACGGAAUAAAAUCAUGAGAACUCGAGUCGCAACCACCUUCGCCAGCAAAGGGCCGGCGGUCACCGACGCGAACGCGCGCUGACACGCGGCGCGAGUGACCGGAUUUUUGAAAGCAAACGAAAAACAAAAACAAGCAAAAAAGUACAAAGAAAGCAGCAACACUCACAAUAACAACAACAACGACUACACAGCGACCGGGCGGGGGGGGGGUGGAAGUUGUGGGUGGGUGCUGCCGGUAAAGGCACAGCGAGAGAGACGAGACGCAAGAGAAGGCGAGAGAGAGAAAGAGAGACAGAGAAAGAGAGAGACAGAGACACACACGGGGAGAGAAGAGAGAACACGGGGCGGAGGAGGGAGCCCUCGUCGCAGGAGCAGCAUGGCUCGGCUGCCCGGAGCGCCGCUUGCCCUCUUCUUCCUGCUCCUCUACCCGACCAACAUCAUCGGCCUGUGGUGGGCCGUGGGCAGUCCCCUCGUCAUGGACCCCAACAGCAUCUGCCGCAAGACGAAGCGACUCGCGGGCAAGCAGGCGGAGCUGUGCGUCACGGCGCCCAACGUUGUCGCCGAGGUGGCCAAGGGGGCCAAGCUGGCGCUCAAGGAGUGCCAGCACCAGUUCCGAUUCCGCCGGUGGAACUGCACCGUCACCAAUAAGUACUUCGGCAAGAUCCUGCAGCAGGUCACGUGCACACACACACACAACCACACGUGCAUGCACAGCCACACACACCCUCACACACACACUCGCACACUCACUCACACACCCACACACACCCUCACUCGCCUUCACACACUCUCACACACCCUCACUCACACACGCACCCUCACACACACCCUCACACUCACACACGAACCCCCUUGCACGCACACACAUACACACACCCUCACUCACAUACGCACCCUCACACACAAACUCCCUUGCACGCACACACACACCCUCACUCACACACGCACCAUCACACACCGCACACCCAAACCCCCUUGCACGCACACACGCACCCUCACACCCAAACCCCCUUGCACGCACACACACCCUCACUCACAUACAAACCCUCACACACAUCCUCCCAUACAAACCCCCUUGCACACAUACACCCUCACUCACACACGCACCCUCACACACACCCUCACACACACACACCCUUGCACACGCUCGCACAUCAUCCACCACCCGCCCCCCACAACUUCCUCGCGUGUGUCAGCAGACAUUCGCGAGACAGCCUUCGUGUACGCCAUCACGUCCGCGGGGGUCACGCACGCGGUCACGCAGGCGUGCAGCAUGGGCGAGCUGCCGCAGUGCGGCUGCGCCAACACGAGGAGCCGGGCGCCUCCAGGCCCCCCACCGGCCCAGCACGGCCCCCCACAACCCAACCACCACGGGGCGCCCCCCACCAACCAUCACGGCUCGGAGGGCGAGCGUGACUCCGAGGGGCACCCCACGGCGUGGGAGUGGGGGGGCUGUGGGGACGACGUGGAGUUUGGCUACGACAAGUCGAGGCAGUUCAUGGACGCGCGGCGCAAGAAGGACGGCAGCGACAUCAAGACGCUCAUCGAUCUCCACAACAACGAGGCCGGCCGCCUGGCGGUGAGUGACUACAUGCGCGUGGAGUGCAAAUGCCACGGCCUGUCGGGCUCGUGCGCCCUCCGCACGUGCUGGAAGAAGAUGCCCCCGUUCCGGGAGGUGGGCGACCGCCUCAAGGAUCGCUUCGACGGCGCCUUCAAGGUGAUGGGCAGCAACGACGGCAAGACCCUGCUGCCCGUGGGUCACAACAUCAAGCCGCCAGGUAGCCACGACCUCAUCUACUCGGCCGAGUCGCCCGACUUCUGCUCGGCGAACCGCAAGACCGGCUCGCUGGGCACUCGCGGACGGACGUGCAACAGCACGGCGCUCGAUAUGAGCGGCUGCGACCUCCUGUGCUGCGGCAGAGGCGCCCGCCAGGAGACCCUCACCUUCCAGGAGAAUUGUCAGUGCCGCUUCCAGUGGUGCUGCGUGGUGCACUGCAAGAAGUGCACGGUGCAGAGGGAGCUCAGCAUCUGCCAGUGACGAACGCUGUUGGUGGAUUAUGACGAGGGGUUGAUGACGGACGGACGGUCGGUGAUGAUGAUGAUGAUGGUUCUCAUGGUGCAGAGCGUGAAGUAUUUGGCAGUGACGGUGAUUCAUGAGGGUGGUGUUGGUGAUGACGAGGAUCGAGAUGAUUGUUGCUGAUAGUGGUAAUGUGGAUGACGGUGAAAUAAGAGCUGAGCAUCUGCCACUGAUGAUGAUGGUGGUGGUGAUGACGGCCGUGAUGGUGAUCAUAAUGAGCGUGGUGAUCAUCGUCAUGAUGAUGACGGUGGUGGUGAUUUGCACAGAGGAAGCUCAGCAUCUCUCAGCAACUCCUCUGCUGCUGCUGAUGAUGGUGAUGGUGAUGAUGAUGGAGAUCGAGGCAGUGGUGGUGGUGAUGGCGAUAUAUUUUUUUGCGCAUGCACGGCCGACGUAUCCACACACGCACACAAAGACAAAGACAAAGACAAAGAUCCCCCGUAUAGCCUCAACAUACUGUAGGGGCAAGUGCUGUGAGCGAGCACCUAUGAAGGCCGGAACGGCACACGAGGUGCUGGGUGGCCAGUACCACGCCCGACCGCCUUUGUCUCCCCAGUGGCGAUGUUUACACACCGCACCGGGUACUCAUUUGAGGCUGAGUCGACCUAGCGGAGGCCCCGGACCGGUUCAGAUAAUCGUCACUGGUGUUGGCCGAGAGCGGGAAUCGAACCUGGGUCGCCGGGUUUAUAGCGUAGCGCGUUAACCGCUUGCACACACACGCACACACACGCGCACACACGCACACACGAUGAACGACGAUGGUCCUUCGAAUGGAUCGUUUUCCUUUAGUCGUGGUCCCGUGUUCUUCCGAUCGUCUUGCGAAUGAUCGGGCCAACCCCGCACGGCCUCGGAACGCCUCCCUCGCAGAAGAAGGGGAACGGAUUCAACAACGGCGAAGAGCACCCCCGCCGCCACCACCACCACCACUACCGACACGAUCGUCGUGGAGCAGUUACUCUUACUGAGAUGUUGUCUUUUGACUAACGUAUAUAUAUAUAUACAUGUUAUAUAUAUAUAUAUGUAUAGAAGCACACACAAGUGUGGUGCCUACUUUACAGUGAAAAGUGGCCUCCUUCACAGACGCUGUGACACCAACAAAGCCCGACGGACUUUGAGAAAAAUGAAAAAAAAAGAACACUGCCAGGCACACGCGCGCGUGUGUGUGUCUGUGUGUGUCUGUGUGUGUGUGUGCCUUCAACGUCUCUCGAGUGCCUUUAGCAGCCCGCCUCAGUGCCUACCGGCGUGCCUGUGCGUCAGCGAACGAGCGUGAAACCCGCCUUAUCGUUAAGUGUUAUUUGUAUCAUUAUUGAUUAUUAUUAUUAUUUACGAACUGUCGUCGUGUGCUGCGUGCAAAGCGUUAGGCGCAAGCGCACGUAUUACACGCACACACACACAUGCCUUUGCACACUUGCCUGCGUGGCACGCUUUAUGUGGUGGUGGUGGUGGUGAUGAUGAUGAUUAUGACACAGAGCACGCGCUGUAGAUGAGUGCGGGUGACGGAGCAGCGAAUGUUCACGCCGCUCCACUCCAGAACUCGUGGCGUGCGUCCUCCGCAGAGAUUGGCAAAGCCCCCCCCCCCCGUCCCUCUCCCCGCCCCCCAUAUUUCCGUUCAUUGGUUGAAUGUGAAAUUUGCAGUCGCGAGGAAUAGCAGCGGCGGCCGCGAGAAAGUGAUUCUGGAUUCGCGUUCACCGUUGUGUGUUCUCGAGCACACCGAACGCGAGAGACAGCCUUGUGCCUUACACAACCGGCUCUUUCAUUCCCACCCUCGAAUCCUCCUCUCCCUUCAUUAACGCACUCAUUCAGUUCAGUCAUGGUUUCGUUCUAUCGCCAUCAUCCAUCCGUCAUCAACGACACUCCCUCUCAUUCUGUCAAUCUUACCUCCAUUUCUACCCAUCCCUCCAUCUCUCCUUGGCAUCAUCAUCAUCGGCCUCGGCAUCCUUCGAUCCCUCUCUGCGUCCCCGUCACCACCAUGCCCCAAACCGUCUGCAAUCAUCUUCGCUCUCUCCUUCUCUCCCUCCACCCCUUUCAGUCUUCAUCGGAAAAUCAUUCCCAGCCUAAAUCAUAUCCCCGCAUUUACUCCCGGGCACCUUGUUUUAAACUCCCCCCCCCUACCCACCCUGCCCCCCCCCCAUAAGUCUCCGUGCGUAGCUCGCGUUUCAAUAGACAGGACGAAUGUAUACUACUGACUUAAAGAUCACGGACGCACGUUUUGUAGCAACGAGGACACACGGCGACAAAUGACACAGUAUGCUUUUGCAUCUUGCCUCCGCGCUGCCCGCUGUUGUUCUUCCAUGACAUUUGCAGCGGCCCGGAUUUCUACCGGAAUGUGCGCCCCUCUCUUGCGUGGGGUUGACGCGCUUGCGCCGCACAGCUCUCGAAUGCGUUUUCGGAAUGUGACCGCCAAGUCCGACGUUUCACUCCAGCACGCUGGGUGGGGUGGGGGUCAUAUUCUUAGGUUUUUUGGGUAAAGUCACGUAGGUAAAAAAUUAAAAUUAAUGAAAGUAAAAUAAAAAUAAAAUAAAAUAAAUACCUUGGCUCCUCCCACCCUCAACCAGUAUAUAUACAAAUUCUGUUUCUUGGAAUUUCUCUCACUUGAUACAGCUAUCGUGCUGUGACGGUUCCACCUGAAGACGGAAGCUUGUGUUGCCUCUGAAACGUCGUGAUUUUUAUUUUACUUUUAUAAAUUUUAAUUUUUUACCUACGUGACUUUACCGAAAAAACCUAAGAAUAUGAAUCCUUGCAGUCACGAAAGCUUCAAAUCUAGAAUGGGGUGGGGGUGUUUCUUCUGGAACCGAAUUGAGGUUGUGACAGAGAGAGAGAAAGAGAGACGCCCAGUAAACAGAAUCAGAAUCUUUAUAUUCUUGGUUCUUUCGGUAAAGUCACGUAGAUAGAAAAAAAAACCACGACGCAACACAAGCGGUCUUCAAAACAGAAUCAGAAUCUCUAUUAAGACUGGAGGAAUCCGAUGAGCAAUGAAGCUCUUUUUCACAGAUGUCCAGUAAAUAACAGCAGCAGCAGCAGCGGCGGUGGCAGCCGGCAACGUUGUCUAGUUGAGGCAGAGAGUGAGCUGCUCAGUUCAGCUCCUGAAGAAGCUCCCAACGCGAGCGGAGUGAAACGUCGGACGUUAUGCCGAACAACGCCACGGUACAACCGUAAUGAACGAGAGAAAAACAACACGUCCGAUUAGAUUCGAAGCUUUCGUGACUGCAGGAAUGACUCUUUGGUUCUUUCGGUAAAGUCAGGUAGAAAGAAAAUAAAUUUAAUGAUAAUAGAAUACGACGUUUCGAUUGCAACACAAGCAACCAUUAUCAGGUACAAAUGAAUUGUGUGUCUCCGUGUCUAUGUUUUGUCUCUCUCUCAAAUUUAGCAUUUUUUGGAAGAACGUAAUCAACCAGGUGGGGUGUUGACUCUCAGUGUUGUAUCGCAUUAUAUUCCCAAGUUUACUAUGUUUGUUUUCUCAUUCGCAUGUACCUGAUAAUGGUUGCUUGUGUUGCAAUCGAAACGUCGUAUUCUAUUAUUAUUUUACUUAUUUCUACGUGACUUCACCGAAAGAACCAAAGAGUAACACUUCGGAUAUUGUCUUCUUGUAGAUUUCUUUUUUUUUUACUUAACGAAAAAAAAAACCGAGAUGAUCUCGCCUGAGUUUGUCCACGCGGUUCUUCCGUUGUUUGUUGUUGUUGUCAAUUUGUUUUGGAGCCAAGUGUCGGCGUCACCGCGUAAGCGUCACCGUGUUUGCCGUCGAAACAAACUCCGCGAGAAUAGAAGGAGGAGAAGCAGCGACCACAACAAUAGCCGAAAGAAGAUGCCUCGAGAUGAGUGUGGUUGAUGGACGAGAGAUGAGAGGGGAGACAGCUCGAGAGACGUAUUUAUUGUUAAUACGUGUGCCUGUCCCAUAUUCUGCUGCUGCUGCUGUUUGUUGUUGUUGUUGUUUAAAAAUGCGCAUUAACUGACACGUGCAUUCGGCUACGGUGGAGGCCGGGCGGGGGUGAGGGCCGUGAUGAAGCGAAUGAACUCACACCCAGCGGACAACCCUGUCAUUCCUUUGUUGGUCAUUUCAAAGUAAUGCAAUCUCACAUUGGUGGCGGGUGAUGUCUGAAAUGGUCUCCGAUGCACCAAUUCGCACCGACCAGCGUGGGCGAGGUACGGCCAAAGAAUCAACAACCCCCCCAUGAUCGACGCGGCAUGGGGGAUCGCUUCACUUAGCAAUGCAUUCGUGUCGUUAUACUCCAGUCAACCACCCAUUCCAGACCCCCCCCCCCACCCCUUUCCCCACAAUGGAACAUUCCAAAUGACGAGUGCCCACGUCCACAACACCCAGCCUCGUGGAUUUUAGAAUGUUCCAUUUGGUGCAGGGGGGCCGGGGUCAGGCUGUGAGCUUUCCAAUGUUUGGGUUUCUCGAGCCAGAUGUAUCAGACGUACUUGCCUCCGUGCUCUUCAGAACAAAUGAGCGCGCCCUGCAUUUUCUAAGGAGCUCGAUGUCGCCACCACUGAGUGAUGGUGACGAUGAUACUGAUUAUUAUGAUGAUGAUGAUGAUGACACCUAAACCUGUCACCUCCUUCGAUUUAAACUUCUGGAAGAUGCCUCAUAUUUAUAUGUGCAGUACAGUAUUAUAGUUGCAUGGGUAACGUAUCGCCCGCUAUUACUAACCGUACGUUGCUACUAUACAGAGUGUAUAUAUAGGAGAUUAACUUAAGUCCACCGACAUGCAGUCUUGGAAUAAACUCAUUUUGUUCGUGGAGGCGACAAUGUUCGAGGAUUUAUUUGUCAGAGGAGUGAGCAUGGACCGAG